AUGAUAAUUGAUACAACGGAAGUCCAAGAUAUAAAUUCUUUUUCCGGGUUGGAAUCUUUCAAAGAGGUCUACGGAAUUCUAUGGAUACUUGUACCGAUUUUGAUUCUUGUAUUAGGAAUCACGAUAAGUGUACUAGCAAUUGUAUGGUUAGAAAGAGAAAUAUCUGCAGGGAUACAACAGCGUAUUGGACCCGAAUACGCCGGUCCUUUUGGAAUUCUUCAAGCUCUAGCAGACGGAACAAAACUACUAUUCAAAGAGAAUCUUAUUCCAUCUAGGGGAGAUAUUCGUUUAUUCAGUAUCGGACCAUCCAUAUCCGUCAUAUCAAUUCUAAUAAGUUAUUCAGUAAUUCCCUUUGGCUAUAACUUUGUUUUAUCUGAUUUCAAUAUCGGUGUUUUUUUAUGGAUUGCUGUUUCGAGUAUUGCUCCCAUUGGACUUCUUAUGUCGGGAUAUGGGUCAAAUAAUAAAUAUUCCUUUUUGGGUGGUCUACGAGCUGCUGCUCAAUCGAUUAGUUAUGAAAUACCAUUAACUCUAUGUGUCUUAUCAAUAUCUCUAUUAUCUAACAGUUUAAGUACAGUUGAUAUAGUUGAUGCGCAAUCAAAAUAUGGUUUUUGGGGCUGGAAUUUGUGGCGUCAACCUAUGGGUUUCAUCGUUUUUCUAAUUUCAUCGCUAGCAGAAUGUGAAAGAUUACCUUUUGAUUUACCAGAAGCAGAAGAAGAAUUAGUAGCGGGUUAUCAAACAGAAUAUUCGGGUAUUAGAUUUGGUUUAUUUUAUGUUGCUUCCUAUUUAAACCUUUUUAUUUCUUCAUUAUUUGUAACAGUUCUUUACUUGGGCGGUUCAAAUAUCUUUAUUCCGUACAUAUCUGAGGUUUUUGAAAUAAAUAAAACAUAUGGAGUUUUUGGAACUACAAUUGAUCUCUUUAUUACAUUAGCUAAAACUUAUUUUUUCUUAUUCGUUUCUAUCCUAACAAGAUGGUCUUUGCCUAGACUAAGAAUGGAUCAAUUAUUAAAUCUUGGAUGGAAAUUUCUUUUACCUAUUUCUCUUGGCAAUCUAUUAUUAACAACUUCGUCUCAAUUGUUUUCACUGUAA